ACCUACCGAUACUCGCCUCUCAUCGCCGGCCUCCUGGCGCCUGGUUACUUCCUGCUGGCCCACUGCCCCGAACAAUAUCCUCUUCUCCGCACAGUUCUCAGUUGGUUGUCUGUGUCACUGGGCAAGCUGCUCUUCAUCACUGCUGACGUGCUCUGCGCGCUUGUCCAGUGCCGUAUCAUAGCUGUCGAGGGACGGAAAUACUUUUCAACUUCAAGUCAGCGGAAAAUCUCUCAGCACACUACGAACUGGCUCAUCGGUUUCUGCUGGCUCUUCAAUCCCGUCACAGCGACCGUUUCUGUCCGCGGGAACGCUGAAUCCGUCCUGGGCCUCGCUGUCCUCGGUUGCCUCCUCUGUGUCCUGCAGGAGCGCAUUUUCCUCUCCGGUUUCCUCUUCGGCCUAUGCAUUCACCUCAAACUCUAUCCGGCCUACUUCUAUCACUUUACGCGGGUCGACUUUUGGCACAACUUUGCACCCCACUUCUACCCCAUCUACCUGUUUGAGGGUGUUCUCUCCGGUGCGAUGGCUACCCCCUCGGUCUACGACCCUAGUCUUUUUCCCUUGCGACUGCUGCCAUCAGGCUUCUUGGCUUGGUUUUAUGAUACAGCAGUACUACAGCGCCUCUACGGUCUCUUCAAGCUGGUCGCUUUCCUGCCUGCUCUCAUUCUCGUGCCCGGGCUCGCCUUCAAGUUGCAUAGGCGACCGAGCAUGGCCUGGUUCGCGAUAACUUUCGCCUUUGUAGCCUUCAACAAGGUCUGUACUUCUCAGUACUUCCUCUGGUGGCUGGUCCUUCUUCCGUCUGCGCUGGCAUGCGUUUCCAUUCCCAGAAACGAGAAAGCUGCCAACCCCACUUUCCUCCAAGCCCUGGGAUUGAGCAGGGACGUAGUCUUUUUCGCACUGCCUCUUCUCCUCCUCUGGGUUGGCGGCCAGGCUGGAUGGCUGCUGAUCGCUUACUUUCAUGAAAUUCACGGCGGAUUUUGGGGCAGGGGCCUGUGGCUAGCCCUGUGGUUGGCCUCUGUUCUCUUCCUUCUAAUUAAUGUUUACAUUCUGCUCCGUCUGGUAGGAGCCGUUCGCCCUGAGUCAGCGGUCUACAAGCCGAAGGUAACUGAUCAACUGCCAGCGCAGUAA